AGAAAAGAAAAGAAAAAACAAAACUAGAGAGAAGUGUGUAGAGAAAGGGGUAGAAACUAAAAUUGUAUAUCAUACAAUUUUAUUUCACACAUUCUCUGUUGCAUUAUCACAAACACCUCGAACUCUAUCUAUCUCACUCCGCAACUAGCAAUGGCUUCACAAACUCUCGUCUCACCUUCACCUCUCUCUUCUCACUCUCUUCUCCGAACAUCUUUCUCCGGCGUCUCCGUCAAGCUCGCUCCCCAAUUCUCAACCCUUGCAACUUCCAAUUUCAAACCUCUCACCGUAGUUGCGGCUGCCAAGAAAGCCGUCGCUGUCCUUAAGGGCACAUCCGCCGUCGAAGGUGUCGUCACUCUCACUCAAGACGAUGAAGGUCCAACAACAGUUAAUGUUCGUAUCACUGGCCUUGCUCCAGGGCUUCAUGGUUUUCACCUACAUGAGUAUGGUGAUACCACAAAUGGGUGUAUCUCAACAGGACCACAUUUUAAUCCCAACAAGUUGACACAUGGUGCUCCUGAAGAUGAAAUCCGUCAUGCGGGUGACCUGGGAAACAUAGUUGCUAAUGCUGAAGGAGUUGCAGAGGCGACAAUCGUGGACAAUCAGAUACCACUCACUGGCCCCAAUUCAGUCGUUGGGAGAGCCUUAGUGGUUCACGAGCUUCAAGAUGACCUUGGAAAGGGUGGACAUGAACUUAGUUUGAGCACUGGAAAUGCUGGUGGAAGAUUAGCUUGUGGUGUGGUUGGCUUGACUCCAGUAUAAAUGCUUCAAAUGCUUUUGCACCAGCCUUGUUAUUUUAACUGAUGUUUGAUUUCUUCAGUUAUCCUUGUUUUAUGAAGCUUUGAUAUUAUCACCUUUCAGAAAUUAAUCACCCCAUGAAUGAAGCUUUACUGUUAUUUGUUUUCUUCAAUUAGCAAUGUAAAGAUUUUAAUGUGUGAAAACAUGACAGUCCUCUACUAGAUAGUUUCAUCAUGCAGUCAGGUGUGUUUCUUCCCUAAUAAAGUUUAAUUUCUGAUGUA